GCAGGGGGUGGGAACAGGGGCGAGGCCCCGGGCGGACGCUGGGGAAAGUCAGCUCUUGCGAUUCACUUAGCGCGCAGAGCGGCGGAGGCGCGCAGUGAGACCUGGGCUCCCGCGCUCCGACGGCUCCGGCAGCCCGAGGUCUUUCUCGCUCCGACGGCUCCGGCGGCCCGAGGUCCCGCCCCCACCAUGCGGCUGACAAGUGCUGGAAUGUUCCUGCUCCUGUUCAGCGCCCUGCAAGCCACAGAUGUUCAAGAGAAAGAAGUCAGGGCGCUGGUGGGCAGCGACGUGGAGCUCAGCUGCGUUUUCCCCGAAAGACACAGUUUUGAUUUAAAUGACCUUUAUGUGUACUGGCAAACCAGUGUCGUCGGCACACCGAAGACCGUGGUCACCUACUACCUCUCCGGGAACAGCUCCGCGGGCCACGAGGACAACCGCUACAGGGACAGGGCCCGGCUGUCGCUGGAGAGCAUGAAGCGGGGUGAUUUCUCUCUCCAUCUGCACAACAUCACCCCCCAGGACGAACAGAGGUUCAACUGCCUGGUGUUUAGGAAAUCCCUGGAGUUAGACAAGAUUCUGGAUGUCGUGGUGACGUUACACGUGGCAGCCAACUACAGCAUGCCCGUGGUCAGGGCCCCAAGCGGCCCCUCCGAGAAUGAGGAGCUGACGUUCACAUGCACAUCCGUGAACGGCUACCCGAGGCCUAACGUGUACUGGAUCAACAGGACGGACAACAGCCUGCUGAACGAGACCUUGCAGAACAACACGGUCUCCUUGAAUGCACAGGGCUUGUACGACGUGGUCAGUGUCCUGACGAUCCGGCGGACCCCCAGCGUGAACGUCGGCUGCUGCAUAGAGAACGUGCUCUUGCACCAAAACCUGACGACGAUCAGCACUCAGGCAGAAACGGUCACCGGAACGGAAUAUGGCAUCACCGAGAGCCAAGCCGACGCCCCGAAGAAACAAGGGGCGGUCCUCAGCGCCCUCAUCGUGCUGGGCGUGGUCGUGGCCGUGGCCGUGGCUACAGGCUGGGUGUGCCGAAGCAGGUGCCCCCCGCAGGAUCCACGCAGGAGCUGGGCUGCAAGGCCAGAGCAGACGUUCUCUUCGACCGUGUCUGAUGAGAACUCGCCACCCGGAGCGUGGACAGGGUUUCUGUGAGAUCCCACCAGGAGGGACGGCAGAUGGCAGCUUGGGAAUUGACUCUGGCGGACCUGGUGGCCAAGAGGGGACCAUCUGCCCCCAUCGGUGCCAUUAACAAGGGGGCUUCACGGACACGGAGGCUCUCUGGCCUGGAAGGGACACGUAGGACCGUGCCUGAUCCCAGGGAGAAUGUUCCAGGUGCCGCCCGGAUCCUGGAACGAGGACCUCUCACAAGGGCCAACAGCUCCAAACGCACAUGCCCCCAAGUGAGCGGGCUCCCCGCCUUUGCUGCCAAAUGCAGGAGGAAGGUGCCUCGUGAUGGCUCCUCCCCCCGCCCCAGCCCCCCGGAGCCCACGGAACCCUU